AUGGUUCGCGGUCGGAGUCUUUUCAUGGGCGACUCUGAGAUUGAUCAACUCUUCUACAUUUUUCGCGUACUGGGCACACCAGAUUCAACGAGUUGGGUUGAAGUCGAGCGGCUGCCCGACUAUCAGUUCAGUUUCCCGAAAUGGAUGUACAAUGAAGAGGAGUUUCGGAAGAAGAUGCAUCCAUUAGACGAGGAGGGAUUCGAUUUGAUAAAGGAAAUGCUACGUUAUCAGCCCGAGAGUCGAUACACGGCGAAGAGCGCUUUGGCGCAUCGCUAUCUUCAACACAUUCCAAGCGAUCUAGAACCCGUUUACAACUUAAUCACUGUCAGCAAUGCUCAAAGUAAUGGUGAUCGCGAUUUGGAGCAAGAGGCUUUAGAGAUGAUGAAUCGU